AUGAGGAAUUCUUUCAUCAUAUCGAGCUCUCUGCUCGCCAUCGCCGUCUCUGGCGCACCACUCGUCCUUCCUAGGACCAUAAUUACCGAUCCUGCCCCCACCAAGACAUCCAAUCCUCUCGGGACCGCACACGCAGCCCGCGACCUCGAGCUUCCUGUCGUCAACGGCCUCGUCGAGGAUAUCAAGAUCCCUAACAUCGCCACACUCCCUACUCUCCCCAAGCUCCCUGUUGGCAACGUCAACCUCCCUGUCAGGCGCAACGUCAAUGUCAACGUCCCUAUCGCUGUUACUGUCGAUGACCUCGUCGACAUUCGCGAUGUGGAUGUUCCCCAGCCCACCAUCGCUUUUGUUGCCCCUGCUCUCCCUGCUCUGCUCAAGGCCGCUCGCGACAUCAAGCAGUCUCUUCCCGUUGUCGGUGGUGCUGAUGUCCCUCUUGACGUCGGUAGCAUUCGAGUUGGAACUGUGGACAAGUACGCCGACAACCUGGUUAGCGGCGUAAAGGUUGAGAGCCUUCCUGCUCGCGACAUCAAGCAGUCUCUUCCUGUAGUUGGUGGCGCUGACGUUCCCCUUGACGUUGGCAACAUCCAGGUUGGAACCGUCGACAAGUACGCUGACGAGCUUGUCGACGGUACCAAGGUUGAGAGCCUCCCUGUUCGUGACAUCACGCAGUCUCUUCCUGUCGUCGGUGGCGCUGAUGUGCCUCUCGAUGCCGGAAAGAUUCAGGUUGGCACCGUUGACCAGUACGUUGACCAGCUAGCCAAGGGAACCAAGAUUGAGUCGCUGCCCAAGGUUGCCCGCGACAUUAGCCAGAGCCUCCCUGUUGUUGCGAUUCCCAUCUGA